GCUUUGCCUUUUCCGUACAAUAUCACCCCUACUUUCAGAGGAGAGGAGCAUGCGUUCAACGCGCAGGUGAAAAAUCUUCUAAUUUAAGUUCUACGCUGCUGCAACUUUUUAGGUCUAUACCUAUAUUGGGUCUAUAUUAGGGCAAUAUUUUUUUGUUGUAGUUGUUUGCUUUAGCUAUAGGGUUCAUAAAGAUAAGUUUUGAAAUCUUGAGAAAUGUCUCGCAAGAAGGCUGUCAAAGGCAAAGCCGCAACCAGCAGCCCGUCUGCGGGCAGCCCCGCCAGGAAAGGGACCGGGAAAGCCGCGAGGAGCAGCCCGUGCAUUGUCCAGAUGAACGGUGUAGUCCAUCCCAGCAGACCCUCCAUCAGCAGCAGCAGCGAGUUUUAUGACAUCGCUUUCAAGGUGAUGCUGGUUGGAGACUCCGGUGUGGGGAAAACGUGUCUACUGGUUCGUUUUAAAGAUGGAGCUUUCCUGGCUGGCAGCUUCAUCUCCACUGUGGGCAUCGACUUCAGGAAUAAAGUCCUGAACAUUGAUGGAGUCAAGGUGAAGCUCCAGAUCUGGGAUACAGCUGGACAGGAGCGGUUCCGCAGUGUUACUCAUGCCUACUACCGUGACGCCCAUGCUUUGCUUUUGCUGUAUGACGUCACCAACAAAACAUCCUUUGACAACAUACAGGCAUGGCUGACUGAGAUCCACGAGUACGCCCAACAGGACGUGGUGCUCAUGCUGCUUGGGAACAAGGCCGAUGCCACUCAUGAGAGGGUGGUGAAGAGAGAAGAUGGCGAGAGGCUUGCAAAGGAGUUCGGAGUUCCCUUCAUGGAGACCAGCGCCAGGUCAGGUCUCAAUGUAGAGCUGGCUUUCACUGCUGUGGCUAAGGAGCUUAAGCACCGGUCUAUGAAGGAUCCCAGUGAGAAGUUUAAGCUGCAGGAGUAUACAUACCUGGCCCGAUCAGAGAUGAGGAGUCACCUCCAACGAGGUAUAAACCUUUCUGUCGUUCUGUUUCUCCACUCUCUCCACUGUCAAACCUCCCCGUCUCCGUCCACAGAACCUCCGUCUGUUGCCCCGCACUCAUCUAACUGCCCUCUUCCAUCUUGUAUGUCCUGCUUUUCCUUACCCACCUCCUUCUGCAGCUGUGAAUGUAGCCCCAGGUAAUGGCUUAAAAAAGGCAAAGAUAGGCGCUGCUCACCUAAGUUAUUAACCUAUUAAUGGACCAUUUUCUUCCAUGGUUGUAGCUGCAUGAUAAUAUAUUUUAACCCCAGCAUUGAAACGGAAACCUAGCAAAUACCUGUGCAUUACCAUGUGUGUUUAUUUUAUUGCGAAUUUAAUGACCCCAAAAUGUAUGCUCUUUUUUGCAGACACAAAAUACAUGUCUUUUAAAUUUAUUUCUCAGAGUUUAAAAUGUCAGCAACAGUGGUCAUUUUGGUUGAAUGUUCUCUUUUUGGUCAGCGUGUGGAUGAACGUUCAUAUUAUAUUCAUAUUAUAGGUGUAUAGUGUCUUCUGUCCAUGGUUCAGUGUCCAUGUCUGUAAUUCAACAGGCUCUUUGCAGCCAGUUUAGCUCACCAGCAUAAACUCAAUCAAGGAUUUCCAUGAUUCAGCUGUGAGUAUUUGGGAAUGUGUUUUACUUCUUCUACAAGUAAACGCUUGUUGCUAUUUUGUAUACAAGGAGAUUAAGGACAGAAUAGCAUCAUUAGCCACAAUAAAUUAUUCUUUUAGUAGAUUUGAAUUCAUGCUGGAUGCAGAAAUGAAGUAUACAGUAGUUUAAAACAAACCUCCAGAAACAUGGCAGUGCAUGGGUCACAGAACCUAAAGCAUUUGGGUUUGUUGUUAUUUUUCGAUAUUAGAGGAUCAAUGCUGAGUCUUGGAGAACUUGAAUUGCAACUUCUGUUCUUUAUAAUAUUCAAUUCUUUUGUUUUUAAAUUGCUAUUUAAAAACAGAUGGCCAAACAUGCUGUUUGUAAUCUAUAUACACUGAGAUUUUGACAAACAUAAUGUAAAUACUUUUUUCUGCAUGUAAAAAACUGUUUUGAUCAAGGAGAAUAGCACUAUAGAUGGUAAAUAAGAGCGUGGAGGAAUAAAGACAUACAGUAUGUUGACAAUGUUA